UUUCAAUCAAAGGUCAAACACUCACCAACUUGAAAUACGAAUGGUAUGGGAGAAAUUGUUGAUGUCAACUUGAAGCCAGUUUAGUAUCCUUGGCAGCCGCCAGAAAUUCAGGAGUCAUUAUUUCUCCUGUAUAAAUGUCUUCACGAGUAAGUAACGCCCCUUGCCUUCCAUUUAAAUAAUCUUAAUCAGACGAUGGCUACGAUUUGCCUCAGCCUCUGUCUCUCCCAUAGAUUUUUAUAUGAAUUUUGAUUCUGACUUUGCCGAGUCUUGACUCCGUGAAAGCUCAGUACCACCUUCCAUCCAAUACAAAGAAUCUCUUUCUCCUUCUCUUGACGCAACAAUGUCGUCGCCGUUUCCGUUAAUGAUUCGGAGGCGUUCAAGCAGCGACGUCAAGAAUUUAACGUCCGUUUCAAGUAGCCUGUUGCCGGCUUUUGGAACUGUGGUUGACGAUGGACACUUGCAGCUCAAGAAAUUCGUUAUCGCUCCCUAUGAUUACAGAUAUCGAUGUUGGGACACCUUCCUGGUAGUGCUGGUGGUGUACUCGUCUUGGGCGUCCCCGUUCGAGUUGGCGUUUCGUAAAGCGGCGACAGGAUCACUGAUGAUCGUUGAUUUACUUGUUGAUGCAUUCUUCGCCGCAGAUAUCGUCCUAACUUUCUUUGUGGCUUACUUGGAUAAAUCUACCUACCUUCUUGUUGACGAUCACAAGAAAAUCGCCACACGGUAUGUAACAAAAUUAUGGUUCACCAUGGAUGUAGCCUCAACCCUCCCAAUUCAAACCAUAUAUAGAGUUUUUACUGGGGAAUCGCAUGAAGGUCAGGUCUUUGCCUUCCUCAACCUGCUUCGACUCUGGAGACUAAGACGUGUCAGUGCACUUUUCAAAAGGCUUGAAAAAGACAUACGCUUUAGCUACUUCUUGACAAGAUUAAUCAAACUAGUCUGCGUUACACUAUUCGCAGUGCACUCGGCUGGCUGCUUUUACUACUGGUUAGCUGACCGUCAUAAACAUCCAAAAGAAACAUGGAUAGGACAAACGAUGGAGGAUUUUAAACACAGAAGCAUUUGGCUGGGCUAUACCUAUUCCUUGUACUGGUCAAUUGUCACCCUCACCACUGUUGGCUAUGGAGAUUUGCACGCUGUCAACACAGAGGAGAAGUUUUUCAACAUGCUCUAUAUGCUAUUCAACAUUGGCCUCACUUCCUAUAUCAUUGGCAACAUGACAAAUCUCAUUGUCCACAGCGCUGUCAAAACCUUUUUCAUGAGGGAUGCUAUCAAUGAGAUAUUGCGGUAUGCAAGCAAGAAUAGACUCCCAGAGGGAAUAAGAGAGCAAAUGUUAGCACAUAUGCAACUCAAGUUCAAAACAGCAGAGCUGCAACAGGAAGAAGUGCUCCAGGAUCUCCCCAAGGCAAUUAGAUCCAGCAUUUCGCAGCAUCUUUUUCGUCGAACUGUCGAGAGAUCAUACCUUUUUCAAGGAGUCACCGAGGAUCUCAUUUCACAAAUGGUAUCAGAAUUGAAAGCAGAGUAUUUUCCUCCCAAGGUUGAGAUUAUUUUACAAAACGAGAUACCUACAGACUUCUACAUUAUAGUAUCGGGAGCAGUGGACGUGUUGACAUUCAAGAAUGGAGCCGAUCAGUUUCUGUCACAACUAGGAUCUGCAGACAUGGCAGGAGAGAUUGGUGUAAUGUUCAAUAUCCCACAGCCUUUUACAGUGAGAACCAAGAGGCUUUCCCAGGUAAUCCGGAUUAGUCAUCAUCAUUUAAAGCAAAUGGUGCAGCCAGAACAUGAAGAUGGAAAGAAGAUUAUCUCCAACUUCAAACAGUAUUUGAAGGGUUUAAGACCAGAAAUACAAGAAGAAAUACCCUUUUUGACGGAGUUGAUUGGUGACAUGAAUAUAGAGCCUAUAGGAUCAAAAGAGCCACAAAAUUCUGAAGCUUCAGGGUCUAAUGAAGAUACAAACAUAAAAGGAACAACAGAAACUUCAAGUCUAUUAUCAAGCUUGACACCUAUAAGGGUGAUAAUCCAUGGGCACCAUCCAAAUAAAAGCACAAAAGAAGGUGACACAUUGGGAAAGCUUAUACAUAUUCCAGAUUCAAUUGAGGAUCUCCACAAAUUAGCAGAGAAAAAAUUCGGAAGAAGAGGGAGCACAAUUCUCAUGGAUGAUGGAUCACAGGUGGAAGACUUGAAUGCUUUGAGAGAAAAUGAUCAUUUAUAUAUCUUUUGAAACUAUGAGAGAGUUCUGCCAAUCAUCAGUCCAUUGAGACCUACUAGUACUUCAAUGGAGAUUCUGAAUGCAUCAGGGAAAGUUCAAAUUUUCAUAUAAUUAGGAUAAAAAAAAAAAGUAUAAACACAAGUGUAUAUUUUCAGUAUACGCAUCUUUGUAUGCAUACAUGUGGCCAUUAUGUAAACAAUUUUGUAAAUGAACUGCAUUUUUUUUUAAUUUAAUUUUUACCUGAGAAACUCAAAUUAAUCAA